UCUCAAUAUAUACUUUCACUUUCACUGCCACUUCCUAUGCAUCUCUCUCAUUCUCAUUCUCACUCUGAUCUGAACCCUCUCUUAAUUUCUCUCUAACCCUUCUCUGAAUCUCUCUGCAACCAUGGCUGCAGCUGCUUACUCUUUCACUCUGUCAACUCUAUAUUCUGCUUACACUGACAAUCCUUAUUACGUUUUUAGCAUUACAGCUUUCAUUAUAACAGUUCUGACUGCAAAACUCUUGCCAAUUUCUAUCGUCAAAAAACCAAACUCUCAUCUUAAUCUUCCUCCGGGGCCAUCAGGUUGGCCGGUUGUAGGCAAUCUACUUCAAGUUGCUCGUUCGGGAAAGCCGUUCUUCGAAUUUGUCCGUGAACUGAGACCAAAGUAUGGGAAUAUUUUCACUUUGCAAAUGGGUUCUCGGACUAUGAUUAUAGUCAGUAGUGCUGAAUUAGUUCAUGAAGCACUCAUAGAAAAAGGUCAAAUUUUCGCUACAAGACCACCAGAAAACCCGACUCGGAAUGUUUAUAGCUGCAACAAAUUUACCGUCAACUCAGCAAUAUAUGGGCCGGUAUGGCGUUCACUUCGUCGUAAUAUGGUACAAGGUAUGUUAAGUUCGAGUCGGUUGAGAGAAUUUCAUGGUUGUCGACAAUCGGCUAUGGAUAGACUCAUUGACCGGAUCCGGGAUGAAGCCAAGUCGAAUGGUGGGGCAGUUUGGGUGUUGAAAAAUGCACGAUACGCUGUGUUCUGCAUACUUCUUUCGAUGUGCUUCGGGUUAGAGAUGGAUGUGGAGACAAUUGAUACAAUUGAUCAGAUGAUGAAGAAAGUUUUAUUGAUUUUAGAUCCGAGAUUAGAUGACUAUUUACCCAUAUUGAGCCCAUUAUUUGCCAAGCAACGAAAACAAGCUAUGGAAGUCCGAAUGGAGCAGAUAGAAACCAUUGUGCCAUUCAUCGAAAAGCGUCGAUCAGCGUUACAAAAUCCAGGAUCCGACAGCACGGCUGCCCCGUUCGCUUAUCUCGACACACUUUUCGAUCUCAAAGUCGAACGCCGGAAAUCAGCACCUAAUGACAGUGAACUGGUAACACUUUGUUCUGAGUUUCUUAACGGUGGUACUGACACUACGGCUACAGCUCUUGAAUGGGGCAUCGCUAGAUUGAUCGACAACCCUAAGAUCCAGUCAAGAUUGUACGAUGAGAUCAGAUCAACGGUUGGAAAUCGUAAAGUGGAACAAAAAGAUUUGGACACAAUGGUGUACUUAAAUGCUUUCAUCAAGGAAUUAUUACGAAAACACCCUCCAACUUAUUUUUCUCUAACCCAUGCAGUCAUUGAACCAACUACAUUAGGGGGUUAUGAUAUACCACCGGGGGCAAACGUCGAGAUUUAUUUACCACCGAUCUCUGAGGAUCCGAGAGUCUGGUCCGAACCCGAGAAGUUUGAUCCGGAACGGUUUUUAUCCGGUAAAGAAGAUGGUGAUAUGACGGGCGGUUCCGGGAUUCCGAAAAUGAUGCCCUUUGGCGUUGGAAGGAGAAUUUGUCCUGGUCUUAGCAUGGCUAUGAUUCAUAUUACUCUCAUGGUGGCAAGAAUGGUUCAAGAGUUUGAGUGGUGCUCGCUUCCAUCCCAACCGAAGGUAGAUUUUAGUGAAAAGGCUGAAUUCACUGUAGUGAUGAAGUACACUCUUCAAGCAAUAGUCAAGUCAAGGAAAAUAUAGAUCAUGGUACUGACUACGAAAAUUACAUAAAUCUAAUUAAGAUGGAAUAUGUUGCUUUUUCGUGUUGUUAAUGUAAUUUCUCAUCUAUGUUUAGGGUUUUUUCUUUUUAGAAAAGGAUGUUUAGGGGUUCAUUAAGCAUAACAGUAAGGAAAAUAAGAAAAAUUAAGUUUAUAAGGGGUAACCAUAUAUUAAUGUAAGUACAGUAUUAUGAUAUAUAUCUAGUGUUUGUUU